AGCCUUAUCCUGUUUGAAAUGCAUCAAAAAUGACAGAGAGCACGUGGAAUGAUUUACCUGUAUCUUUAAGUGAUUUUAUCCGUCAUUCACUUCGAGAUGGUGGAUUCAUAAAUCCAACACCUGUACAAGCAGCAUGUAUUCCAUUAUUUUUAAGCAACAAGGAUGUGGCAGCCGAGGCAGUGACUGGAAGUGGUAAAACUCUGGCUUUUUUAGUACCAAUUCUGGAGAUUCUGAAGAAACGAGGCGACUGGUCCAAAAAAGAAGUAGGGGCCAUCAUUAUUACCCCCACAAGAGAACUUGCUAUACAGAUAAAUGAAGUUUUGUCACAUUUCCUGAAACAUAUUUCUGAUCUGACUUCGUUACUUCUCAUUGGAGGUGAAAAUCCCAUCAAGGAUGCUGAGAAGUUUAAGGCUAAUGGUGGAAAUAUCAUCAUUGCUACACCAGGGAAGUUUGAAGCCAUGUUAGAGAAACCACAACAUGGAUUAAAUUUGACUGCGAGUGUGAGAUGUUUGGAAGUCUUGGUUUUAGAUGAAGCAGACCAGCUUCUGGAUUUGGGAUUCGAGGCCAGCAUCAACACCAUAUUAAGUUACUUACCCAAGCAACGAAGGACAGGUUUAUUUUCAGCAACCCAAACUGACGAGUUAGAAAACCUUAUCAGAGCAGGCCUCAGAAACCCAGUACGUAUUAAUGUGAAGGAAAAGAAAAAAGCCAGUGAUAAAAUUGACCAGAGAACACCCUCAACAUUAAAGAAUUUUUAUAUGACUGUAGAAAGUGAUCAGAAAUUCAAUCAGAUGAUGAAUUUUGUUCAAGCGAGGAAAAAUGAAAAAAUAAUGAUUUUCUUCAGUACAUGUGCAGGAGUGGAUUAUUUUUCUAAAGUGUUACAGACUUUGUUAAAAAACACACAGGUUUUGUGUCUCCAUGGAAAAAUGAAGAAUAAGAGAAACAAAGUGUUUGCAAAAUUCAGAAACUUAGAAAGUGGAAUAUUGGUUUGCAGUGAUGUAAUGGCUAGAGGUGUUGAUAUUCCGGAAGUGAAUUGGGUCAUACAGUACAAUCCCCCAAAAUCUGCCAACUUUUUUGUUCACAGAUGUGGCCGGACAGCCAGAAUUGGAAACACAGGAAAUGCUUUGGUGUUCCUUCUUCCUGCAGAGGAUACAUACAUUAACUUCUUGAAAAUCAAUCAGAAAGUUCUUCUAGAAAGACUGGAGCCAUGUGAAAGUGUGAAUAAUUAUUUGCCCAAAAUUCAAAAAUUUGCUCUUAAAGACCGAGCUCUGAUGGAAAAGGGAGCGAGGGCAUAUGUAUCAUUUAUACAGUUCUAUGCUAAACAUGAAUGUAGCUUGAUCUUUAGAAUCAAAGACUUAGAUUUUGGUAAACUGGCCACUGGAUAUGGACUUCUACGCAUUCCUAAGAUGCCAGAGUUGAAAGGAAAAGAUGUAUCAAACUUUAUACCAGUGGAAGCAGAUUUCAACUGUAUUGCUUACAAAGAUAAAAACAGGGAGAAACAAAGACAGUUGAAGCUUCAGUCAGAAGAAUCAAAGCCGUCAAAGUUCCGACGCCCUCCCAGAUCCCAGGCUUGGUCCAAACAGAAGGAGAGGAAGGAUCGCAAGAAGAAGAGGAGAGAACAGAAGGAGAAGUCGAGGAAGAGGAAGGCUGAAGACAUGGAGGAUGAGGAGGAGGAGGAAGAAGAUUUUCAGGAUGAUGUUAAGCUGAUGAAGAAAUUGAAGAAAGGAAAGAUUUCUAAAGAGGAAUUUGACUGUCAGUUUGCUCCUUCUGAUUGUGAUGAAGACUAAAUACAUUCGGUGGCAAGUGAUAAACUCAGCUGGGAGUUUGUUAUUUAUUUGAAGAAAACUGUAUUAAGGCUGACAAUGAAUGCACCAGUGUGUCAGGACCAAGUGUAGCAUGAAAUGAUACAUUACUAGACAUUGGACAACACAACUUGGCUUUUAUAAAGAAUGUUUUAUGCAAUAGUAAAUCCAUAUGUUAAGAAAUAAAAUAUUAAACAUGAAGGUU